AUAUGGGACACACGAACUGGCAAUAAACUUAUGGAAUAUUCCGACCAUGCGGAUUUUAUUUCAGAUUUCGCCUUUCGUGAUGAUAUUAAAACACUUGUUUCAACAAGUGGAGAUGGAACGCUAUCCGUAUACGACAUACGGAAACCAGACGUGGUGGCCAUGUCAGAUAAUCAAGAUGAUGAAUUACUGUCCGUUACAGUUGUGAAGAAUGGUAGGAAAGUAAUUACUGGAACUCAAGACGGUAUUAUCAAUUUGUUUUCAUGGGGAAAAUGGGGUGAUUCAAAUGAUAGACUUGUAGGACACCCAAAUUCAGUAGAUACGAUUGUCAAAAUAACAGAAGAUUUGGUGUGCACAGGAUCUAGUGAUGGUAUAAUAAGGGUCGUUGAAAUUCUUCCGAACAAAUUUUGUGGGGUUGUCGGUGAUCACGAAGAUUUUCCUAUUGAAUGUAUACGAAUAUCUUUUGAUAAUUCAUUUCUUGCUAGUUGUUCUCAUGAUAAUACUGUGAAAUUAUGGGACAUUCGAUAUCUUUACGAGAACAAAACUGAUGGUUGUAGUGAUCGAACCGACACAAACAUAGAACCCAUUGAUUUUGACAGUGAUAAUAAGAAGAAAAAGAAAUCCGUGACUGCCACAAAUUGGAACAAUAACUUCUUUGCUGAUUU